AUGUGUAACCCAUGGGUGGUGUGGUUAGGAGUGCUGCCACUCUUAGGUAAAGAGUUAACUCAGGCAGCCCUCAAACCAGCAAUACCUCCGGUGAUCAAGAGCCAGCCUUUCAACAUUUUCUGGGCAGCCCCAACAAUGUAUUGUAUGCCUUUCUUCAACGUGGAUAUAAAUCUUCAAGAAUUUAACAUUAUAUCAAAUCCUUUAGAGACUCAGAGUGGGUCAAAAAUUGCAAUAUUUUAUCCAAAUGAAUUAGGGUAUUACGCUUACUUCUCUCAAGAUGGAAAAUCCUUUAAUGGAGGAAUAUUGCAGAACGUGAGCCUUUCUGAACACCUUAGGAAAACUGCUGAUGACGUUGGAGAAGCUGUCCCUUGGUGGAGAUCAGAAGGACUUGUUGUUAUUGACUGGGAAAGUUGGAAACCCCAAUGGGAUAGAAAUCGGGGCAGCAGAAUAAUAUAUAAAAACCACUCUUUAGCCUUCACUAGAAACCAUCAUCCUUAUUGGUCAGAAAUGAAAGUGGAAACAGUUGUCGGAGAGGAAUUUGAAAAUGCUGGAAAAAAUUUCAUGAACAUUACUCUCACAUUGGCUUUAGAAAUGAGACCAAAAUGUUUAUGGGGCUUUUAUCUCUAUCCAGACUGCUACAAUUAUGAUUACAGAAUAAAUCCAGAGACGUACACAGGUAAUUGUCCAAAUGAUGAAGUUCUCCGCAAUGACCAACUCCUGUGGCUGUGGGAAAAAAGUGCAGCACUUUAUCCUUCAAUACAUUUGGAUAAAAUACUGAAGUCAAGCUUAAAUGCUUUGAAAUUUGCUCACUAUCGAGUUAGGGAAGCCAUGAGGAUUGCCGUAAUGGCUAGACAUGACUAUGUUUUGCCAGUUUUUAUUUUUUCCAGACCAUUUUAUUUGCAUAGUACUGAAGCUCUGUCACAGGAAGACUUAGUGCAUACAGUUGGCGAAAGUGCCGCAUUGGGGGCAGCAGGAGUAAUAUUGUGGGGAGGAUAUGAAUAUUCUGCUUCAAAGCAUCUUUGCCUUGCUUUGGAGCAGGUUGUUCAUGGGGUGUUAAAAUCUCCCAUUAUUAUUGAUGUGACAUCUGCAGCCAAGCUCUGCAGUCAGAGUCUAUGUAACAAUCAUGGAAGAUGUAUUCGAAAAACACCUGAGUCCUCCUUCUAUCUGCAUAUGCCUGAAAGCAGUGGUAAGAAAUACGUUCUAAACAAGAGUUUCAGAUUCAUCACUUCUGAAAAUAAUAAACAGAAGACAAUAACAGACAUGAAGAAUGGAUUUGUGUGUCACUGCUAUUAUGGCUGGCAUGGACCGUCUUGUCAUGAUCACUCUUCAGAUCUCCUAAGAGAGAUGAAUAAGGCUCCUACUGUUAACUUCAAUUUAUUAGUUUUUCUCAGUAUGGCUUUUUCUGUGAUUCAGCUAAAAAAAUUUUUAGCCCUUACUACAAUGCCAAUUUUUCCUUGAAAUACCAAACAGUAGCAAGUGUUGAUUUUUUUCAACCUCAAGCCUCUCCCAAAAUAUGUAUUGACUUUAAAGUAAAAAAUAAAAAUAAAAAAGGUGGUCAUUGAUGCCACUCAUUGAUAUAGAAA